AUGAGACAAAGGUUGAAAGAAAACCGGCACAUUUGCACGAUUGAAGAGACGCGUAUUUCACAAGCUGAAGAUCGUGCCCUUCCAAGGUACAUGAAGUUGUUACGCGCCUUGCAAAGGCUACGACUCGCAUCCGGAAAACACCCAUCGACAGAGAAGCAUCUGAAAAGUUCGUUUCAGAUCGUCAAGGAAAACGAACGACUGUUGCGUUCCUAUCCAUCGUACAUAGUACAUCCGUUUAGCUUGCUCCGGCUGUACAGCGAUGUGAUCGUUUUCUUCGUCAUGAACCUGCAUCUGAUGUUACUACCAUUCGCUUUCAGCUUCCUUGCAUUUGAGUCUCAUCCCACGCGGCAUAUGGUGGAGUACGCAGAUCUGGUCCUGUGUUUGAUUCUAGUAGCUGAGUUUGCAUUGACAUUCUGUACCGGAUUUGUAGUUUUCGAAACGAACGAAAUUGUGCUGGAACCAAGGAAGAUCUUCUUCAACCGUCUACGACCUUUUCGGCUGAUGUACGAUCUCUUUCUAUUUAUACCAUACAUAUUGUUGCUAGAAGUGUUUGAUACAUUGAUUUAUGAAGCGGGAGCUGAAACUUGCCUGGGUUUUGUGACGUUUUUGUAUUUGAGCCAUAUUGCACGCUUUCGAGAUAGUAAUAGAUACUUCAACGUUAUACCACGGUCACUUAAGCUACCCGAGAGCAAGACGCGCAUUGUGCAGGUGAUCAUGAACACACUGUACGUGCUGCAUUGGACCACUUGCCUUGGUUACGUUAUACCGAUUCUACUGCAAGCGAACCCGUCCACCCGUUCCUUCGACGAAGAAAGGCUUCUAAACGUGAUGCGAACCCAAAUGCAACAUCCAAACGUAUCGGAGGCAUUGCAAAACGUCACCAAUCCUUUCGUUCGGCUACGGUUAAGCGACUACGAAUCGAACGCAUCCACAACGUUUCGGUACUUCCGGAGCAUGAUGGUCACGCUGCGGGUCGGUAUGGCAUCGAGUGAAAAAAAGGACAUUGAGCAACAUUUCGUGUACCACUGGGUCAUGAUGCUGGUCAUGUUUCUCGGCUGGCUCUGGUUCAACUACGUUCCCGUGGUGUUGUGCCGGUUCUUUGACUCUCCCGAAAUGGCGACCGAUCAGUACGAUAAGUUUAUGGCCAACCUCAACGCUUUUGCCUACAACAAGCAUCUGAGCGAUGCGUUGCAAAAGAAGCUAAGGACUAAUUUUGCAACACGAUUCCGUACCCGGUAUUUCGACGAGGAGAUGAUCAUGGGACUGUUUCCGCAGAAUCUGCGCAGCAGCAUACGGAUGGAAACGUGUCGUCAUCUAGUGGCGAGUGUGGAUUUGUUUAAAAAUCUUCCCUACUUCAUACUGACGGACAUAGUGAACUGUUUGCGGUUGGAGGUUUAUCUACAGGAUGAUGUGAUUAUUGCGGCUGGGAGUUAUGGUGAUUCGAUGUACUUCCUGGCAAUGGGAACGGUGGCAGUUUAUGCGAUGAAUGGGAAGGAGCUGGGACAUCUGACGGAUGGUGCGUACUUUGGGGAGAUAUCUCUGAUCAAGCGUAAUCAGCAAAGGACCGCUAAUGUGAUCGCCCUGGAGCCUUGUGAAAUUUAUCGUCUGUCGUAUGAAGAUUUUCAAAACGUUAUAAAACCUCAUGCUUAUUUGUUGAAUCGAAUCCGUAAACAGGCCGAGCAGCGGAUGGCGAUGUUGAAAAAGAAAAAGGAUAAAAUGUACGGCAAAAAGCUGAUUGAAGGAUUUCUGCAAUGA